UCUGGUUCUGAGGCAUUUAAUUUCGGAAUUUUUCCCUUUUAAUAGUUAUUUUACACAUUUUUUCUGUCAAGUAAAUAUACUAUUUGAUAAUGUUUGGCUAACCCGGGGUAACCUUUCAAUCUACUUUCAUGUUCAUCAUACAAAAAUCGAUUUAGAAAGCCGACAAAUUUGAGGUUAUAACUACAGCACGUGCUACAGUAAAUUAGACGCUUUUCUCUCAAAGUACCAGAUAAAUCACCAUGUCGCUACUAAAAUACUCGAAGAAGCUCGCCCACAUGAAGCCUUCCCUGGACAAUGUCCACCACUGUAAGGUUUGUCCGUAUUUCACAACCUCACUUUUGCUCAUGGUGAACCACGUUAAACGCCACCAAGCUCCCCCACAAUAUUUCAACUGUGAAAAUAUCGACGUCGAAACUUACCACUGCGAGGACUGCAAUUUCCAGACAGAACUAACACUUCUUUUCAAGCAGCACGCCCGACUGUGUUAUAGGAAGUCUGAAGAGAAUUUACCAGAGCAAGUUUACUCAACUCAAAGUUUCAUUUGCAAGAAGUGCAGUUUCGAAACACAUUUCAAGCUUAAGUGGCUUCAGCACGGUACGCAGUGUUUGGGGAGCAAUCACCCUCAAAUAGUAACAGCUAAUGAUAAAAUUACCACAUGGUAUCACUGCAACCAGUGUGAAUGCAGAUUCAAAAAGAAACCAAACUUGAAGGCACACAAAAUUUUAAAGCAUUUGAGUGACGAUCAACGUAAGUGGUAUUAUUGUGAACAUUGCUCCUAUAAAUCCAUUCUGAAAUCGCGUUUAAAAGUACAUGUAAUGAGGCAUAUGAACAAACCAAAGAGACGGAUUUCUUUAAAAACUCCCGGUGUUAUGGAGUAUGUGGAUGAGCAGAGUAUUAAAUGGUAUAAAUGUGAAAAGUGUCCACAUAAAUCUAAAAUUAAGUGGAAUUUAAUGAAACAUAUAAAUUCGUGGCACUUACAUGAGAAGGAUAUUACAUGGCACGAGUGCCAGACUUGUCCAUACAGAGGUAAAAAUUUAUUGGCUUUAAAGACACACAUUAUUGUAAAUCAUUUGAAAGAUAAGGAUGUCUCAUGGCACAAAUGCCAAGACUGUCAAUUUAAGACUAAACAUGAUUCAGUAUUAAAGGAACAUAUAAAUGCGCAGCAUUUAGAUGAACAAGAUAUUAUAUGGAAUGUAUGUGAAGAGUGUUCAUAUAAAACUAAAUACCAAAGCAGCUUGUCACGUCACAAACGUCUAUCACACAAAACUGAAAACGUAAAGUGGUACAAAUGUGAAAAAUGUCCAUUCAAAACGAAACAAAAGAGCAAUUUCAAGACGCACAGCAACUUUGUUCAUAUGAAUAAAAAAGACAUUAAAUGGUACGAAUGCCAAAUUUGCUAUUUUAAAACUAAAUAUGCGGGGUCUUUCAAAACUCACUUAAUUAUCCAACACGGGUGUGAAGAAAAUAUUAAAUGGUUUAAAUGUAACCAAUGUCCACAUAAAGCUAAAAAGAAGACGCAUUUAAAAAAACAUAUAAUUGCUCACCAUUUAAAUCCACAAGAUAUAGAAUGGCGGCAAUGUACAGAGUGUCUAUAUAAAGCCAAAGACUCGUCGAGGCUAAAUAGUCACAUUAAAGCACGCCACUUGGACGAGAAAAAUAUUAAGUGGUAUAGAUGUGAUAAAUGUGAUUACAAAGCAAAAAAUAACUUUACCUUGAAAAGUCAUAUCAUGAGGCGACAUACAAAUUCACGCGAUAUUAAAUGGUACGAAUGUAAAGAUUGCUCCUUCAAAUUUAAAUGUACCAGUAGUUUAAAGCUUCACAUAAGGAUGCGCCACUUGAAGGAUGAAGAUGUUAAAUGGUAUGAAUGCUACAACUGUCCAUAUAAAGCUAAAACAAAAACCAAUUUGAGAACUCAUAUAAAUGCUCGGCAUUUGGACAAAGAAGCCAUUGAAUGGUAUAAAUGUGAUAAAUGCGAUUAUAAAUCAAAACGAACCAGUGACUUGAAAACUCAUAUCAUGAGGCGACAUACAAAUCCACGCGAUAUUAAAUGGCACGAAUGUAAACUUUGUCCCUUCAAAGCCAAAUGUCGCGGUAAUUUAAACCAGCACGUAAACAUACACCAUUUAAAGGAUGAAGAUGUUAAAUGGUACGAAUGCUACAAAUGUCCAUACAAAUCUAAAAAUAAAAGCACAUUGAAAAAUCAUAUAAAUGCUCGGCAUUUGGACAAAGAAGCCAUUGAAUGGUAUAAAUGUGAAAAGUGUCCAUACAAAAAUAAACUCAAGUCACAGUUAAAAAUUCAUGUAGCUAGGCAUCAUUUGGACAGACAAGGGCGUAAAUCGUAGGAGUGCAAAGAGUGUACUUGCAGGGAUAAUUUUAAACACCACAUGAAGUUACGACACGGAAAUGGAAAAGACAUUCUGUGGUAUGAAUGCAAAAAUUGUCCAUAGAAAAGCGACGUCAGAGCGAAUUUAAGACUUCAUGAACGCAAAACACAAAAAGAAACUGUUUAAUCAACGCAAGCACUGCCCUGGGAUGAGCCCACUUAUUAGUGUAAUUUUUUCCCGUUUACAGUCUUUGUUAAAAUGAUUUUUUUAUAUUAUUAUUAUUAUUGUAUGUUUUUUUAUUAUUAUGUAUAACAUUAAGUUAUAUAAAG